CCCGCACCCGCACCCUCUCUGCCCCCGGCGCAACCGCCUCCGCCGCCUCCAACACACCGCAAGACGCCGCCCGUCACUGGCCUGGACGCACAGCUGGCCAUACUGCGCAACGAAAUGUUUGGGCUAAGGCAGCUCGAUCUCUCUCUGCUCUCUCAACUGUGGUCACUUAAUGAGAGCAUCCAGGAGUUCCGGCAGUUGCUGCAAGAACAAGAUGAGCGAUCACCACCCUCUCCCAGCUCAGCUGAUGAAGAGUUCUACUCACCACUGCCAGCAGUGCGGUACCCUCCACUUUCUGCUGUACCUGAACAGUACCGUCUCUCCUCAAGCUCCUCUGGUUCCAGUGUUGAGUAUGGUGAUGUGUGACUUGCACAUGCUGUGGCCUGUUUGUGUGCUGCAAAACUGCUGAGUACUAGUGAAAUUGCAAAACAUAUUUCCUGCAAGGUAAAUGACUGUCUUUCGGGGUAGGAUGUUGACGGAUGUACUGCUGCAAUCAGUUUCCCUUCUUGUGUCGAUGGCAUAUGGUUUGAUGGUGCCAACGGAAUUGACUGAUGUUGUGUACUAAGAAUGAUAUCUCACACAUAAUGUUAAGAUAAGAGCUAUUCUAAUGCAAUGCAUUGCUUUGCAUUUAGAUGUGGUUAUGUGGGAGGAAACCUGUUUUGUUAAACCCCUACGUUGCAGGAAAGCUGAAAAUUUGGGAGACUGCACAUAAUUGUGGUUUAUUGUUUGAUGAUGGUAAUUGCACUUAAUAUUAUUUUAAUUGCAGGAAUCCAGUUUUUUUUUUUUGGUUGAAUAGUAUCAGACUUUGUUACUUAAGGUUUGUGAUGCAGAGUGAAGUCUGUUUGAUCAUGUAAGGGGAAAUAAAACUUAAAUUGUUGAAAUAGUAGGUAUUUGCCUGUUAUGUCCUGUUGUUUGGUGCCUCUGUUGUCUGUGGUUAGCCACUAUUUGAUUCUCCAACUCUUUCUUGGUCUAUCUAUUGGUGUUUUCCUUAUUGGUCAACAAUUCAUUAUUAUCUUAAGCAUCCUGUUUUUCAUUCUCAUGUCAUAAUCUCUCCAUUUAUUUCUGUAGUUAAUGAUCUGUGCAUUUAGGCUUUUAACUUAUAGUUCAUGUCUGACUGUUGUACUCCUUAUCAUAUCAGAUAGUCUAUAACAACCUGCUCUUCUUAGAAACCUCAUUUAUGCAGCUACUCUUCAGCACUCAUUUCCAGGUGUUAUUGUCAGAGUUUCACCGCCAUAAAGUAUAGACAGUAUUCCUACUGUUUUGUAGAACUUCAUUAGAGUUCCUUCUCUCACCAUUUUACUCAUUGUCGUGUAUAUAGUCCCAUCAAUAUAACUGAACCUUUUUUUGGUAUGUCUGUUUUGUUGUGAGAGAGACUUUUGUACACAGAAAACUCAACAAGUGCUGAAUUACUAUGUAAAGAGUCAAUGGCAACAUUUUGUAACGCAAUGUGUGGUGCUAGGGAUUGCAUAAUUGAAAUUCUUUGUUUUCAUGUGACAAUUGUUUGUGUGCUCAAUGAUCAUUUCUUGGUCAAUGUGUGUAUUAUUUAUUGCAAAAUGAAAACAAGUAGCUCUACUUACAUGUUAACUGUGGCCUAUAUAGUAUUAAGAUUUUCAAACAUGGAAAAUCGAGGAUGGAAUGUUAUGAAGAGGAUAGUAGCACCUCACCAUAUGGUGGAGAUGCUGAAUCGCUGAUAGGCACAACAAAAAGAUUGUCACAAGUGUGUGUGUGUGUGUGUGUGUGUGUGUGUGUGUGUGUGUGUGUGUGUGUGUUUGACAAAGGCCUUGCUGGCAGAAAGCUUAUUGUGAAACAGUCUUUUUGUUGUGCCUGUCUGUGACUCAGCAACUCCGCUAUAUGGUGAGUAACAAUUAUCCUCUUCAUAAUAGUGUUAAGAUUUUGUUAGUUAUCAGCUGUCUUGCAUGCAAAGAUGAAGUCGGUUAUUGUUUUGCAAAGACAUGUUUCAUAUAAUGUGGCAUGAUAGCAGCUACCUCAACACAAGACUUAUCAUUUGACAUUUAUGUCUGCACCAGGGGUAUUUUUGGUGAAACAGAUUCUUGACAAGAGUACAAAGACUAAAAGUGCAUCAUACACUGAUUGACCUAGAUUUUCAGAAAUCUGGUAAUAUAUGAUGUGUUUGAUACAUUAAAAUGAAUAUCACAGAUGGUUGUGAACAUACAAAUAAUUUUUCUUGUCCUGUGAGCAUCAGUGCAACACAUAAAGGCAUUUUUUAUUUUGUACAGAACAAUAUUUUGCUGAUCUUCUGUGGGAUGAUACAUUUUACAGGAAUAUGUUCAGGCAGAUUGACACCUAUCUCUUAUUGAAAUCUUGAUUACUAGUAACUUCUUCUACUGGAUAGUACCUAACAUGGAGAAAUGGAAGACACUAAAAACUUGAUGCUUAAUGUCAAUCCAAUUAUGAGUAAUUGUCACUUUAUGAAAGUACCUUAACUUGUGUUCGUUUGUCUUCUUUCUUUUCUCUGUUACUCUUUGUCAAAAGCCUUGCUUUCCCUAGUGUUUGAGGGCAGCAAUAUCCUGUAGCACAUACCAUAAAUCUGAUUCAAUGCAUAUUGAUUAAAUAGUAAUGAUAUGCACUAUGACAAUAUACUUGGCUAUUUGUCACUGUUCUUGUAUGCAACUAAAAUGGAAUUAGUGGUCAUAUGUUCCUUUAUUUAUCUGUCGUGUUAGUCAAUAUGUUAAAACUGUAUAAAUCAACAAAUGAUUUCUCUCUAAGUGACUUUUGGUUCAGUGCUGUAAAUACAUUAAAAAUAAAUAUAAAUUGGUUUUGAGUGUCACUCUUCAUAACAUUUUAAUACACAGCUUACUUUUAUAAUUUAAUUUCAUUCUUCUGUUUUGCAUCUCUCUUCUGCCUUUAGACAAGCCACACACAAAAUAUGUGUUGCAGAGAUUGUGUUCUAUUAUGAUAUCUGAGAGCACCACAGAUUGUUUGGACUGAGAAGCAGUACUUUUAAUUUAACAGUAGCACUGAUUGUAUGCUAUUAAGUUCAGUCAUACACAGCAGUUCAGGAUAAUAAUAAUAAUAA